AGUUACUGCUCGCUCGUCCAGGUUUGCACGCGACUUGCGCACCUCAUUACUCCUGCUGCUCGUGCUGCUGUCCCGCUUUUUCUGAACCGGCCUUCACUCGGAUCCUCUUCCCUGCUGUAGCUCUCUUUCCCCGUUUCGUCCGCGGUGCCGCCGUCCCUUUCUGUUUGCGUGUGUGCUUCGGUGCAAUGGAAGGUGCGGAGUGGGACGAAGGCGAGGAGGACGCCGCCCGCUUCCUGCGCGAGGAGUACCCGCGGGUGGCGGCUCUGCCCGUUAACAUCCGCUAUCGCGCUUUCGCCCCCGCUGCGCAGGACGCCGCCGUGCGUGCGGGGCGCUCGACCCACGACUUUUACCUGUACCGCCGCCGCCGCCUCGACACGACGAUUGAGGCGGAGGUGGCGGCAUGCGGCGUGGCCGUGGUGCUGCCGCUGCAGUCGAUGCUGGGCGACUCCUUCGCCAUUGCGCAGCGGCAGCAGGCGACCUACCAGUGGCUCGCUCAGCGGCACGCCGCGGAGGAAAUCCUGCAUCGCUUUGCGGUGGACCGCAGGCUGAACGCGGCGCCGUGCUUGGCGGCGGUGAAUCGGGCUCUGAGUGUGCUGGGCCGAGAGGGCGGCGCCGACGCGGUGCUCGACGUGCUGGAGGACGUGUUGUUGGACAGCGCGGUUAUUCCGUUGAGUACGCUGCUGGAGGCGAUUAAGGCGCUCCCCGGGCAGCCGGUGCGAGCAGCGCGCGUCGCCCUCGCCUUCAAGGACUCCCUGGGCCACCGAUGCGUCCCGGCGAGUGUGUGGGGCAACCUAGCAGCGGCGCUGGGGCAGGCCGCGCUGCAGCAGUCACACCCGCUCGAGGAGCACUUCAUGGAUCUGUACGAGCGCAUCCUGGCCAUGGUGCGCGUCUCCACCGGACACCUGAGUGAGGCGAUGAUCGUCUCCUUUGGGCGCUGCCUGCUCGCAAGCCACAAGCCCUACUCGGUGGCCCUUCGCCUUGUACGCGAGGAACUCCUCAGCGGCCGCAGCCGCGACGCGCUCUCCACCUCGCCGCUGCACCUCGGUGCCUUCCUGAGCGAUAUCCUGAUGGCCCUGUGCACGCAGGAGGAGCGCGGCGCCGGCGGGCGGGCGCGACGCGGGCACUCCGAUGCGGAGACGCUGCUGUUCGCCACUGACGUGAUGAAGUACGCCCACGCCACUCGUCUCCAGCUGGCGCCGAAGGUGUUCGAUGCGGUGCUCGUCGUGUGUGAGCGGUGCCGCGACUACGCACGCAUGGUGGCGCUGUACGUCUCCAUGUGCCUCCUCUCCACACCGACUUUGCGGUCGACGCUGCGUGUGAUGGAGGUGGUUGUGCAGGUGCCGGAGACGCGGGCGUGGCUGCAGCGCGUGCUGCAACUCAACGGCACCAGCUUCUUUCUGUGGUGCGUGCAGCGCUUUCCGGGCUUGUAUCAGACGCCGUUGGAGGCCGAGGUGCAGCGGCGCGCCACGCAACAGUUGUUUGCCCUGCUCGGCGUGUUGGCGGUGGAGGAGGCGCAGGCGGCUCGGCUGCCCGGCGUUUGCCUCUUCGUGACGCGGGAGGAGGAAAUGCCGCCUCUGCUCGCUGCGGCGACGAUCUCGUCUGCGGUGUGCCACUACCGCGAUGUGCAUGCCGCAGCGCCGCGGUCCGUCUUGCACGCGUUGCGAGAUCAGCACGCGGAUUUGGUGAGGGCGGCGCUGCAUCUGUCCCCACUGGCGGCCCCAGUCGGUGCUUCUCAACUGUCGAUUAGCGUGGAGGCGGAGCUGCACCGUCUGCUCACCUCGGAGUCGGUGUACUGCACCGUCCUGAGCGCGGCGGCGCUGACUGCCCUGUCCGCGCGCGACUCGGCCGAGCAGGCCUUUGCGCGCAUGAUGGAGACGUACCAGCGCAAAUCGGGUGCCGUCGCGUUGGUGCCAUUCGAGUGCGUUUGCCCGACGUUUGGGAUCACCGAGACGGCAACGGCGAUGCUACGCCGCUGGCACCGCGACUACGACUGGUUCGCCGUACUGCCCUUGGCGGUGUCGCUCCAGCUGGGAGGCACCACCGCCUGCGACGUGUGCUGUGCCGCCUUCAUCGCUGCCAGAAAGAUGCAUAGCAAGGUGAUGUUUAUUGGCGGGACGGAGGCGGAGGUGACGGCUGCCAAGGCGAGGAGCGUGGAGCCGGCAGUCGUGAUGGAGGUGUUGGUGCGCCGCCUCUCCGGCUGA